AUGCCCGAAUUGGAGGAUGACGCGCACCAAAUCAUAGUUGAGAAAGUAAAACCUACCAUUUCAUCUAAAACUGAGCAUGAUAAGCGUCUGGAGAAGCUAGAAGAAAGGCUAAAGCAACCGCAAGGCCCGCAAGAUCCUACUCCGACAGACCUCUCUAUCUACUCCAAAGUCAAAAUGCCCGAAAAGUUUAAGAUGCCUGAAUUUGAGAAGUACGAUGGCACGACCUGCCCAAGGGCUCACUUGCAAAUGUACUUGGUUCGAAUGACCCAGUACGUUAGUAAUGUGCCUUUAAUGAUCCAGUUGUUCCAAUCAAGCUUGGUAGGUCUCGCCUUGAGGUGGUGGAGGAAUCUCGCCGCCCAGAUUAGCCCCGAGCCAACUGACUUUGAAUUGAGAAAAAUGUUCAUCAAAACCCUCCCCUAUGAAUACCGCAACCGGAUGGUGACUACGAUCGCUGAAUCAUUCAAUCAACUCAUUCCAGUGGGAGAGCAGAUAGAGAUAGGAUUAAGGGAUGGUUGGUUCACCGAGCUUGUACCUGUCAGCAGAAGGUUCGGCAUGAAAAAGGAUAAAGAGCCCCUGAUCGAUGUCAAUGCCACCUACACUGCGAGUGCCGGUCACCUCCCCACCGUUUAG